AUGGCAAUUUAUUACAAGUUUAAGAGUGCGAGGGAUUAUGAAACCAUCCCCAUAGAUGGUGCUUUUAUAUCAGUUGGUUUUCUCAAAGAAAAAAUUUACGAAUCUAAGCAUUUGGGAAGUGGUAAAGACCUUGACAUUGUCAUCUCUAAUGCCCAAACUAACGAAGAGUAUUUGGAUGAAGCAAUGUUAAUCCCAAAGAAUACUUUGGUCCUCAUUCGCCGGGUCCCUGGACGCCCUCGCAUCAGAAUUAUCACCCCACAAGAGCCGAGAGUUGAGGAGAAAGUAGAAAACAUUCAGACUGAUACAAGCAAUCUUAUUACUGCCGAAGCAUCUGCAGCUGAAGAUGAGUGGGAUGAGUUUGGGAAUGAUUUGUAUUCAGUUCCCGAUGCCUCAGCUGUCCACUAUAGUAACCCAUGUCCUGAUCAUGCACCAGCCGAUGAGAAAAUACACGAAGAAACCAAACUUAAGGCAUUAAUUGACACUCCAGCAUUAGACUGGCAGCAACAAGGUGCAGGUAGUUUUGGCCCAGGCAGAGGUUACGGGAGGGGUAUGGCUGGAAGAAUGGGUGGUCGUGGUUUUGGAAUGGAAAGUAAAACGCUGCCACCGGGAUAUAUUUGCCAUCGUUGCAAUGUUCCUGGACAUUUUAUUCAACACUGCCCCACAAAUGGUGAUCCUAACUAUGAUGUGAAGAGAGUUAAACCACCUACUGGUAUCCCCAAAUCUAUGCUGAUCGUGACGCCAGAUGGCUCUUAUUCUUUGCCAAGUGGCGCAGUUGCAGUUUUGAAACCAAAUGAGGAUGCGUUUGAGAAGGAAAUGGAAGGAUUGCCAUCAACAACACGUUCAGUCGCGGAACCUCCUCCUGAAUUAAGAUGCCCCUUAUGCAAAGAAGUAAUGAGAGAUGCUGCGCUGACAAGCAAAUGCUGUUUCCAGAGCUUCUGUGACAAGUGUAUCAGAGAGCAUAUAAUUGCUAAGUCAAUGUGUGUUUGUGGAGCAACUGAUGUACUAGCUGAUGAUCUUCUACCAAACAAGACCCUUAGAGAUACUAUAAACCGUAUCUUGGAGUCUGGUAACAAUAGUGCUGAGAAUGCUGGCAGCAUGUGUCAAGUACAAGAUAUGGAGCCUGCACGUGUUCCACCUCCCAAGGUUCCAUCUCCUUCUACAUCUGUUGCAUCUAGAGUUGAAAAAACCCCAGCUCCUAGUAACAACAAUGAGACAUCAACUGUAAAGCCGUCAAUAGAAAUAGCGGAGAUCACAAGUGCCCCUCAGGCCUCUGCAGAAAUAGUUAAAGUGGAAAAGCCAGUUGAUGCAUUUGAAAACACUCAAGGAACCUUGAAUGGCAAGGAAGAAGCUGUUACACAGGUGAAUACGCAAACCCCCAAGGAGGAAAUUCUACAGCAGGUUGCUUCUGGGGAGCAAGGAAAAAGGAAGAAGAAGAAACCUCGGAUGCCUGUAACUGACAUGCACUGGAAUCCUGCGGCCCCUGACUAUAUGAUGCCCAUGGGUCCAGGUCCGAGUAAUCAGUACUUCAAUGGUGUGCAACCUGGCUUCAACGGCGUCCAACCGGGUUUCAAUGGCUUUCAUCAUGGGUUCAAUGGGUUCGCAGGCCCUUAUCCUGGUGUGAUGCCUCCUUUUAUUGGCUAUGUAUUAAGCCACAUGGACAUGUCGUUUAGCGGGGUGAUGCAUCCAGAGCCUUUUGCUGCACAGGGGGGCUUUGGGUUCCCUAAUAUACCACCACCUCAUAGGGACCUUGCAGAGAUGGGGAAUCGUAUGAAUCUCCAGCGUCCUAUAAUGGGGAGAGAGGAAUUUGAAGCAAGGAAAGCUGAGAUGAAAAGAAAGCGUGAAAACGAGAGACGGUCAGAAGGAGGGAAUGUCUUGAGGGACGGUGAGAAGAGCAGAAUGAUGAACAACUCGGCAGACUCUUCCUCGCCCAUGAAGCACAAAUCUGGGUAUCAGUUAAAAGAGACAUUUAAGAGUAGAUGA